AUGGAACUUAAAACUCCCUACUUCAAGAAACACCUGAAGUGGUUGUUGGUUCUAGGAGUAGAUAUCAUCCCCGUGAAAAAUGUAUGGUAUAAAUAUUUUUAUAAACUAUGGUCUCUUUUUAUUAUAGGAUUCGUGGUCUUAUAUACUCUGUUAGAAGUAAUAGAUAUACUAAAUACCUCAGAUUUCAACAGUAUGACAUUUGGCCUAUGCUAUAGCGCUACUCAUCUAUUAGGUUUAGCAAAAAUCAUAAUACUCAUUGUGAAGAAGAAAAAAGUCAGAGAAAUGCUGAAUGAACUAGAAUCGGGUGACUUCUUACCCAAGAUCGAGAGAGGAGGGGAAGAAGAAAUCCGCUUGAUUAAUAUUGCCGUUACAAGAUGUGCCAGACAUGCAGAAAUAUUUAACUUAAUAGUCUACUCCAUAGUAUCUAUCCGCUGCCUUUAUGCCCUCUUCGACACAGGAUAUAAUGAUGAACUCUUCGAUGAACAACUCAACACUACCACGCCUAUUCAUACACGAAUUCUCCCUUACAGAAUUUGGUUACCGAUUGAAACCACCAAAAGUCCCAUCUUCGAAAUAGUUUUCUUCUUCCAAGCGUUCACUUUGACCUUAUACGGGUACUAUAUAGGCAUGAUGGACUCCAUGGUAUAUGGUAUGAUGAUUCACAUGAACACUCAGUAUCUUAUCUUGAAGCGUGUAUUGGAAAGGUAUGUCUCUAUUGCUACAAAUAUGGUUUCAAAGAAUCUUCUAGACAAAGGAGUUAAAGAUAUCCGCAACGGAGUCAUAUCUCUACCAGUAGGCUAUGAAAGGAUAGAUUUUCUAUCUGAACCUGUACAGGAAAAAGUUAGGGAAAUAGUGCACAAUUGUGCAAAGCACCAUGUACACAUUCUCGAGUUUUGUGAAAAAGUAGAAAAGGAAUUUUCCUAUCUAAUGCUUUCACAGUUCCUGUUCAGCCUUUACACGUUGUGUUUCCAGUUGUACCAACUUAGCUUGAUGGCCAAUGUUCUUAGCUUCGACUUCAUCAGCAUGUGCUGUUACUUAACACUUUUGAUGUACCAACUCUUCUGUUACUGUUUCUACGGGAAUGAGAUCAUGGUACAGAGUGAAAAAUUCUCGGAAGCUUUAUACAACUCAGACUGGUUAGUGCUGGACAACUCCACCAAGAAGUCUCUAUUGCUGAUGAUGAUGAGAGCCCAGAGACCGAUAAGGUUUACUGCUGGCAAAUUUGCGUUACUGUCUCUGCAAACCUUCAUGGCUAUUGUUAGAGGAUCGGCAUCGUAUUUCAUGGUACUGAGGCAAAUGAAUAGAUAAAGCAGAACAGUCACAGGACUUAAAUAUAUUGGAAAAAUAUAUGUUUCGUAGUUUUUACAACCAC